GCCAGCUCAUUCCACCUCUACACAAAUUUGUACCAUAAAUCUCACCUCUCAUUCACUAAACUCAACAAACAACAACAUUCUACAUACAGUUGUUGUACACACUCUCAAAAAAUGGCCUUCUUCCUUAAACUCUCCCUAGUUGCCCUAGUGGCCACACUCGCCUGCGGCCACUGUAUGGCUCAGUCCCCAGCGGCCCCUGGCCCCGCGCCAGCUGGCCCUGUUAACCUCACAGCCAUCCUAGAGAAGGCAGGGCAAUACACAACCUUCAUGCGCCUUCUAGCGUCCACCCAAGUCGGCAACCAGAUUGCCAACCAGGUGAACACGUCCACUGAAGGCAUGACCGUCUUCGCACCCACCGAUAACGCAUUCCAAAACCUUAAACCAGGUACAAUCAACAAUCUCUCAGAUCAGGAUCAAGUAAAACUUGUUCUCAAUCAUGUCCUCCCAAAGUUUAACAGCUUUGACAACUUUGAGACCAUCAGUAACCCUGUCAGAACCCAAGCCACCGGCGAUGACGGCGAGGCUUUUACUCUCGAGAUUGUCUCCAUUGGUAAUAGACAGGUUAAUGUGUCAUCUGGAAAGGUUACAACUCAGUUGAACAAUGCCUUGAGGGAGAAGUUUCCUUUGGCUGUUUAUCAGGUUGAUAAGGUGUUGUUGCCCCCGGCGUUGUUCGAAGCAAAGUCUCCUAAGAGCUCUCCAGUAGGCUCGGCAACAAAACCGAAGUCCAGUGACUCGAAGUCGGAUGGCAAAGCCGCAGAAGGUCCUGCGACUGACUCUGCUGAUGCUGAAGCCAAGGAUAAUGGUGUUUAUGGUUUGAAGAGUAUGGGAAUGGGAUUUGUUGCAGUGGUUGGAAUUCUUACCACUGGUUUCCUUUUUUAAGGGAUAUAGAAGAGUACAUUUUAUGAUGUUUGAUCAAAUUGUAUCUAAUAUCAUUAUUUGUUUUUGUUUGUGUUACUCGGAAGAACGUUUGAUUUUUUAUUGUUCAUUCAUACAUAAAAUGGUAAUAAUGCCAAUAAAUUUUAAAAUUUCUCCAUCUUUA